GUAGCUAAGUAUAUAAAACGGGGAAUACAGUGAAAAUAAAUGUUUAUAAUUAAAACAUAAAUACUCAAGUGUUAUCAAGUUUACAAAUAGAAUUUUAAGCGAUGAAUCAUCUUAGUUAUCAGAGACUACUUUACCGAUCUAUUCUCUGUUAGUUAUGUUGUAUAAUGAAUCCAUCAAAAGUAUCUUACUAAUAAAGUAACUAAAAUCCAUUACAGGUACAGAGAUGAGUGCCAAGCGUGUAGCUGUUGUAACGGGCAGUAACAAGGGCAUUGGAUAUGCAAUUGUUAAAGGAUUAUGUGAGAAAUUCAAUGGGGUUGUUUACUUGACUGCUAGAGAUGUUGAGCGCGGACAAGAAGCUGUUAAAAAGUUGAAUAGUUUAGGUUUUAAACCAGAAUUUCAUCAAUUGGAUGUCAAUGAUGUUCCCAGUAUUGAUAAAUUCCGUGACCAUAUUAAAGAAAAAUAUGGAGGAAUUGAUGUUCUUGUAAAUAAUGCUGUCAUUGCAUUUAAGGUACGAGAUACAGCUCCGUUUCCGGUUCAAGCUCAAGUAACAAUUGAAGUCAAUUAUUUCGGUUUGAUUCGUGUUUGUAAUUCUUUAUUUCCAAUUUUAAAACCACAUGCACGUGUAGUUAAUGUUUCUAGCUCUCGCGGUCAUUUAUUUCGUAUUAAAACUGAUGAACUCCGUCAAAAAUUUGCUGAUCCAAAUUUAACAGAAGAAAAACUUUCAACAUUAAUGCGACAAUUUGUUGGUGAUGCAAAAGAAGGUAAACAUUUUGAAAGAGGUUGGGGGAAUUCAGCGUAUGUAGUAUCCAAAGUGGGUGUAAGUGCUCUUACAUUUAUACAACAACGAGAAAUGAAAACACCAGGUGUAGUUAUAAAUGCUGUACAUCCAGGAUAUGUUGAUACUGAUUUGACUAGCCAUAAAGGUCAUUUAACAAUUGAACAAGGAGCUGAAGCACCAUUAUUUUUAGCAUUACAACCAGUUAGCGAAAAUGAAAUUAAAGGAAAAUUUGUUUGGAAUAAUAAAACUGUUGUAGAUUGGUAUAGCAGAAUGUAAUUUGUUUAAUUUUUUUUAUAAAUAAAUGUAAUUUUCUAAAAUA